ACGAGAAUGAAUGUUUGGAAUUAUUGAAGUCUUCUCCUCUCUUUCGUAACAACAAACCAACAAAGGAAAACAAACAGCCCCUCUUUUGUUGUUAACAACAACCUUAUUACAAUCUUCCCCAGCAGCCGGCUGCCUCGUUUAGGACACUCACCGACGACGGCGGCGGCGGCACCACAUUUUACGGCGCUGAUAAAAAGGCAGGCUUGGGGUUUCGUGAUAUUUUCAGAUUUUUAAUGCUAGAAUUGAGUGGGUCUAUGCACAUUCCGUGUUAUAUCAGAAUCACUGUUCGGGCCCUGUUUGAGUCUUUGGAAGAAAAUUGUUGUGAGAGAAGAUUUGAAUUCGAAGUACAUAGAUGCCUUUAAAGUCUGUUUAACUGUUCAAGUAAUAUUUGCCUGGAGGAUCGAGACAAUAGAUUUGAACGGUUAUAGAUUUCCGGAUGUACAUAUCGACAAGUAUGGGCGUAACUUUCAAAAGUUUGGUGCUACUUUUUAUCUUCUUUGUGCCACUUUACUGUAAUGCUACAGAUGAUUUGGGGAUUGAAAUUUCCCAAAAGAUAAUAGCUGCACCGUUGAAAAAUACAAGUGUUAUUGAUGGGUCAGGCUUAGAGGGUUCCUAUAUUUCUGAAAGUAGUCGUGAAGAACUUGGUAAUGUGAAGGGCGCGAGUAGUAGAGUUUCAGUAUCCACAGUUGCAUUGUUUACACUGGCGAUGGCUGCGGCCACUGGUUUGGGUGCGAUACCUUUUUUCUUUGUGGAGCUUGAUUCUCAGUGGGAAGGAAUAUGUAAUGGAAUGGCUGCUGGGGUUAUGUUGGCAGCAAGCUUCGACCUCAUACAGGAAGGUCGUGACCAUGGUGAUAGUGGCAGUUUGGUUGUCACGGGUAUAUUGGCGGGUGCAAUAUUCAUUUGGCUGUGUAAGAAGAUGCUUGAGCAGUAUGGUGAAGUUAGUAUGUUGGACAUAAAAGGAGCUGAUGCAGCUAAGGUCAUUCUUGUUGUUGGAAUAAUGACGCUCCAUUCAUUUGGUGAAGGCUCUGGUGUUGGAGUUUCCUUUGCUGGUUCAAAAGGUGUAACUCAAGGCCUGCUGAUAACUUUAGCUAUUGCUGUACACAAUAUACCAGAGGGCUUAGCUGUUAGUAUGGUUCUUGCAUCAAGGGGUGUUUCUCCACAGAAUGCAAUGCUAUGGAGUGUCAUCACAUCAUUGCCGCAGCCAAUUGUUGCAGUGCCUUCAUUCAUAUUUGCAGAUACAUUCAACAAGUUCCUGCCAUUUUGUACCGGAUUUGCAGCUGGGUGUAUGAUCUGGAUGGUUAUAGCGGAAGUACUUCCUGAUGCAUUUAAGGAAUCAUCUCCAUCGCAAGUUGCCUCGGCAGCUACAAUUUCAGUAGCCUUCAUGGAAGCUCUGGGUGCUGUAUUUAAAAAUGUCAGCCAUAACUAUAACCCAGAGGAUACUUCUGCCUUCCUUGUUUCACUACUUUUUGGUCUUGGUCCAUUGCUUGGUGGAAAUCUUCUGGUUGCUUUUGCUCUUGCUUUCCGGCUUCAGCACACUCUUCUUACUGGGUUGGCUUCGGGCAUUGCCAUAGUCCUUGGUGCAUGGAGACCGUUGCAGUUACUUCUGUCAUCAAAAAUGGGAUUUUUUCCUCUUAUAUUCCUACUUGUCCUUGGGUCUGCAUUUGUCCAUGUUUCAUUUUCCAGUUUGUUAAAAGUCACGAGUCAAAAAAGGUCAUCUGCAAACACUUUAUCUGCCGCAGCAGGAUUUUCAGUUAGUACCCUCACUCUUCAGUCAAUUUUAUCCUGUGCAGCCGUAGCUCUACAUGCUAUGGCAGAGGGGCUUGCAUUGGGGGUUGCAGCACCUAAAGCUUAUGGUCUUGGUCGACACAUGGUCCUGCCUGUUUCUCUUCAUGGCCUUCCUCGGGGAGCUGCUGUAGCUAGCUGUAUUUAUGGGGCAACUGACAGUUGGUAUGGGUCCCUUGCAGCCGCUGCUUUAAUCGGAUUUGUUGGCCCAUCAUCAGCCAUUGGAGCAAUACUUGCAGGGCUGGACAAUUAUGGUGGUCUAGACCAUCUAAUGGUCUUUGCGUGUGGGGGAUUGUUUCCUUGUUACAUUAGCAUGUUUCGCAGAGCUUCACGGUUAGAUAGCCGAAAGAGCGCCAUGGGGCUUCUGACAGGGAUUGGAUUUGCUAGUGUGUGCCUGACGUUUACUAAACUAGUCUGCUUACACACACCAUAUUGCAACUCUGCGCCAGAGGCCGUGAGAUGACCAUUUUGAGCCACUGGUCAUCGAGAACUUACAGUUGCACAUACACAGUUUGUACUAUAUGACUGUAUGAUGAGUAUAUAACUAACAUGAUUGAAAAGGAAGCAGCUUUUUCGUUGUGUUAAUUUUAGUAUCAGUUUUAAUCUUAAA